AUGCGCGGCACGAGGAAUAUCGAACACAACAAGGAGCUGGCUCGAGCUGAUCACCAAUGGUGGACAAAUGAAGAGGAUCGUAGUGUGCUACGAAAGUUGGACAUCCGCCUUGUGCCUCUCUUAUUUGUCACCUACAUGCUCGCAGCUCUAGACCGAUCCAACAUUGGCAACGCAAAGACGGCAGGGAUGAAUGAAAACUUGGGCAUUUCCGAUCCCGAUUUUCAGUGGCUUCUUACCAUCUUCUACAUCUCUUACUGCUUAUUCCAGUUCCAAGUGCUGGCAUACAAGAUCUUCAGACCGUCCAGGUGGAUCUUCUUUUGCGUCAUUGUAUGGGGAGUGGCAUCCACUCUGCAAGCUACAGCCACUGGGUGGAGUGGACUCAUGGCUGCGCGCUUCUUCCUAGGAGUGAGCGAAGCCGGGUACGGUACAGGUGUUGCUCUUUAUUACAGCUUCUUUUAUCCCAAGCAGGAAAUCGGCAUUCGUUUCGCGUGGUUCAUUACUGGUGGAGCACUGGCAUCCUGCAUUGGGGGAUCCAUAGCUUACGGCAUUCAGCAAGCCAAGACGUCUGUCGAGAAUUGGCGCCUGCUGUUCAUCAUCGAGGGCAUUCCUACCGUGGUUCUCGCGUUCGUGCUCCUGUGGCUCAUGCCGGACUCGAUCGCCACCAGCUCUUUCUUGACUCCGCGAGAGCGUCUGAUCGCAGAGGCUCGGCUCUUUCGUGAUCUGACAGAUCGGACGGCAGCAGAAGAGGUGGAGGAGACCGCUGCCACAUCACAGCAAGAUGGAGCGACGAAAUCGUUGAUGACGAGCAAAAUUACAGGUCUUCGCUCCGGCAUUGGUCAGAAGCUCGACACCAAGAAUCUGGCCGCAGCUUUCAAGGAUCCUCUGAGCUACACCAACUCUAUUCUGAUUUUCAUCACCAACGUCUCGUACAGCAGCGUGCCCGUCUACCUGCCCACCAUCUUGAAUGGUAUGGGCUACACCAGCAUCCGAGCGCAAGGCUUCUCAGCCCCACCGUACCUGGCUGCUUGGGUCUUCUCUUUGCUUUACGUCUACACGGCCAUGAAGCUGCGCGUUUGUGGUCCGUUUAUCAUACCCGCUACGCUGGCUGGAGCAGCAGGCUACCUCGUCCUGGCUCUCUCCAAGGACGAUCACACUCGAUACGGUGCGGUCUAUCUCGUCGUCAUUGCUCUCUUCACGCAGAUUCCCAUGCUCUACAUGUUCCUGCUCAACAAUACACCCGGCGAAUCGCGCAGAGGUGCAGGGUUAGUCAUCUUUGGAGUCAUAGGUCAAGCUGGGCCCUUCUUGGGCACAAGGCUUUUCCCAGCCAAGCAAGGCCCCUACUACGCCAAGGGCAUGUUUAUUAGCGCUGGAUUGCUCUUUGCUGCUACGGCCAUCUCUACCGCGACUACCGUGAUGCUGUGGCAGAGGAACCGCAUGAGGGAUCGAGCCGAGGAAGCGCUAGAGAAAGGAACAGACCAGCUUGAGAAGACGCCCGAGUCACUCGCUGCUCUCUCUGCGGAAGAAGCUGCAGAGAGAAAAGGGUGGCUCAAGAGGCUCGACGCUAGCAGACGCGGAGAGGACAGUCCGUACUGUAAGUUCCGGAAAGCGCAUGCGAAACGAAGUUGCGACUUGUCUGACCUCGCGCUUUGUCCUUUGCGCACAACAGAUCGCUACACGAUCUGA